GUGGGUGCUGUCACCCCACAGAGCCACCAUCCUGCCACGGGGCCCGGGGAGCCGCUCCUGGUCUCUGUUCCCUGCCGGGGACAUCUCUGCUGGGCAGAGAGCAGCCGGUGGAAGGGAGCAAGGGGCAAAUCCAGACAUUUCUGUGCCCACCUGCGGCACUGCCACAUCCCCAGGCUGCCAAGGAAGCCCCGGCCGAGCACAUGGAGCGCGGGUGGCCCUGGCCCCGUGCGAGGACGGCCAGCCGUGCCACCAUCGCUGCCGUGGUGGCUCAGCCCAGCCGGGCACGGAUGGAAAGAGCCGUGGGUUUGCAGCCAUCUCCCCCUUCCCGCUCCAGGUCUGGGGUCCCCUGGGUCCCACACUGGGCUGAGGGGGGAGCCUGGGGGUGAGGGCUGGCUUGGGGACAGGCUGGGGACAUGGAGGGGGCUCCUCAGUGCAGGGAAAAGGGGUCACAGCGGGAGCGGGCAGCACCAUGGCAGGGACCGGAGGGAGGGGGAACGGUGCCCAUCCGACCCUCCGUACUGGUGACCGCAGACGGACCGUGUUCGGAUCUCAGCCGUGGCCAUCGCCACCCCGUCCCCAUCCCGUGGGAGCCCUGGGCUGCGGUGGAGGGGCUGGCUGUGCCCGGGACACCCCCCAGCUCUGCAGGAUGCCCAGCCAGGGCUGGGGGGGGGGGCUGGCUGGGGGGGGGCCGAGGUGUGGGGCCACGCCAGGCGCUGACCCCGAGCCGCUUGCUGUUUCCUGCCUUCUGGCUGUGCCGUGGUCCCUGGGGACCGGGAAGUGUCUGCGAUGGUCGGGAUGGUGUCGGUCCUGAAUCCAUUCUCAGCUACUGCCGUUUCCUUCCUGAGCUGCAAAUAACGGAUACCGCGACGGCAGGAAAAUCUGCAACUUUCCUGGAAACUUUCUUCAAAGCGGAUCAAAGAUGCCGGGAAGCGACUGCAAAACAGCAGCAGCUGAUGAUCCCCGUUCCCCUCUUCCCCGCCUCGGCCCCGUAUCCCUGGCUGGGCUCCCCCCCCGCCCCAGGGUGCCUGUGGGGUCCCUGGCAGAGCCGGGUCCUGUCCUGGCAGCCGCUGGCACCGCGGUGGCAGAGCGCGGUUAAAGUCCUGGGGGGUGUGUGGUGA